GACGGAGACAGACGGGAUGAGCACGGGCAAGCGCAAGCUCAACAAGGCCGACUUCAUGUUCAAGAAGCGGACCAACGAGGUGCUGGUCAAGGCGCCCGGGGCGGUGGCCGGCCAGCAGUUCAUGGUGGCCGACCUGAGCGGAUGCACGGUGUACGUGCUCGACCACUCGGCGGUCGUCACCGCCGACGCAUGCUCCGACUGCACCCUCGUCUUUGGCCCCGUCGAGGGCUCCUUCUUCCUCCGCGAUUGCACAAACUGCACCGUCAUCGUCGCCGCCGGCCAGCUCCGCACCCGCGACUGCCGCGACUGCGACAUCUUCCUCUUCGCCGCCUCGGAUCCCAUCAUCGAGGCCUCCACAGCCAUGGUCUUCCACCACUACAACGCCGCCUACCCGGGCCUCUCCGCACACUUUGCCGCCGCAGGCCUCGACCCGGCCGUCAACCGCUGGACCGCCAUGUACGACUUCUCCCGCGAGGACGACUCGCUCGACCAGCCGCACUACACCAUCCUCGACACGCCCGACGCUGACCCGGCAUGGGCCCCCGCUGCCUUUGCCCUCCCGGGCCCGGACGCUCCUCCGCCGGACACUCCCAUCGCUCUGCUCGACAACUCCGCCUUUGUCUACUCGCCCGACUCCGCCACUGUCGUCCCGCUGCCGGCGCCCGCCCAGGACUCCGCUCAGGAGCCCGCCCUGCAGCCUGCGCACCAACCGGCAUCACAGCCUGCUGCUGAUCCUCCUUCUGCAUCGCCUUUUACUGCUGCCGUCGCCGCCGCUCCUGACUCGGCACAGGGCGACGACGGCUCUCCAGUUGCCACAGCUGCUGCCCGCGCCCGCGCCUUUAUUGCCAACCUCGAGGCGUCGGCUGCAGAGGCCACCGCAGCACAAAAGGCCGACGCCGCCGACCAGCUGGCUGCCUUUACCGCUGAGCGCCAAGCCCGCAUCGACGCUGCGCACACCGCCAACGCCGAUGCAGAAGCCGCCCUUGCCCUCGCACAAGCCCCUUCGUCAAACAGCGCAGACUCGUGGUCAGCCUCACUCCUCCUCGCCCUCACAUCCGCGCCGCCGAGCUGA